AUCCGCCUUUUUGAUUGUUGGUACAGGAAAAUAACCCUAAGAUUAUUAUUGAAAUAACGCAAAUCGAAAGAUUGUACUUGAUCACUAAUGUUGCAAUAAGUUGUUGUAACCAUUUUUCUAUGGAUUGUUACAAAAAUUAUUAUACGUACUACAUGAAUUUCGUUGUAAACCUGCACUUAGCCGACUACGUAUUAUUGUUACUAUUGCAUAAUUUUAGCGGGACGAUAACUUGAUAUUCAGCUUUUAACGAUGCAAAAAGUCAUGAAUCGGUCAUUUAUUGUUAACUAUAUCAAUUCUCACAAUAGACAACAGUUUUAUAAACAGAAAAAUGGGUUAUUGGGUUUGUUUCAGCUGGAUGUUUAUUACUAGGUGCAUCCGCGCCAAAUGUUUAUGAAUGAACCGGAUUCGUUGCAGAUACACAUUUAAUAAACAUCAUGACGAGCUGAGAACAAGUUCAUGAACUAGUGUGUGUGGGGAGGAUUGUCAUUAAGAAGAUCUUGUGGGAUUUUAAAAGAUAUGUUUAAUAGCCACUCCUGAAUCUGGCGGGAAAGCUCUGCAGGAAUGUUUUGUUACACGUUUUUUUUGCUUGUUCUUAAAGAAUUAUUCCUCCUCACCUUGAGAGUUUAUAGUCCGCUAUCGGGAGCUGUUGAUAGAUAGUUUAUUUCUAAUUGUUGCCCAUAGAGCAGUGUUAUUUACUCUUGUUAAUGAUCAUACCUAUGCGGAAAUCAUCAGUUUUGUGUUUCUUUUUUUAUUCGUGGCGUUCUCACUCAUAAAUAAACAAACAUAUAACAUUAUUUGACCCAGGAACAUAAAAUAAAAAUAUGUCCUUUUAAUAGUUUAAUCGCUGAUAUUUGUCAAAAGCGCGCCAAAUUUCCAGAAUCGCGUUAUGAGAAGCCGUAUAUCUCUAUAGGACACAACCCCCAACGCAUUUGAAAUUUCCCGCAAUUUGCUGGUGACGUUACGGCGUCUGAUUGGUUGGCGCCGUGAAAAGGAGUUAAAGAGCCAGCCCGCGCCUCGCUCCUGAUUGGCUGAGCGGAUCGAGCGCCAAGAACGAAAUAAAAAGGAGCAGCUGGAGCAGACCGUGCUAGUCUUUUCCUCUACGGUGUAUAGGCUUCGCAUCUUCUUCUUCUUUUUUUCUUUAAGUUUAUUUUUUAAUCUCCCUUUUAUUUUACAAGCUCGUUUUAGGUUACUACUCUCUUUGUAGUCUACUUUAUUUGCCUUCAACGUAACCAUGCUGUCCACGCGCUCACCUCUUAAAAGCAAGAAUGAAAACGUCUUUUCCAGUAAGCUGGGGAACAUGUCUCUGGGAGAUAAAGAAAACACGCCACCAAGCUUGAACUCGACACGAAUCUUUGCCUCAAAAACCGCGCGCAAAAUCUUCGAGGAUCCUGAGGAGAAGCCAAAAGUCAAUACAGAGGAAGAGCCUCUCCUGAAGGAAAAUCCACGUCGCUUUGUCGUCUUCCCCAUUCAGUACCAUGAUAUCUGGCAGAUGUACAAGAAGGCUGAGGCUUCUUUCUGGACAGCUGAAGAGGUUGACCUCUCCAAAGACCUCCAGCACUGGGAGUCCCUAAAGGAUGACGAACGCUAUUUUAUUUCUCAUGUGUUGGCAUUCUUCGCUGCAAGUGAUGGCAUUGUCAAUGAAAAUCUAGUGGAGCGCUUCACCCAAGAGGUCCAAGUGACUGAGGCACGCUGUUUCUAUGGCUUCCAAAUCGCUAUGGAGAACAUUCACUCGGAGAUGUACAGCUUACUUAUCGACACGUAUAUUAAGGAUCCAAAAGAGAGGGAAUAUCUUUUCAAUGCCAUUGAGACUCUUCCUUGUGUGAAGAAGAAGGCUGACUGGGCCCUAAACUGGAUUGGCAACAAAGAUGCCCAGUAUGGUGAGCGUGUGGUUGCUUUUGCUGCUGUAGAGGGAAUCUUCUUUUCUGGUUCUUUUGCUGCAAUUUUCUGGCUAAAGAAGAGGGGCCUUAUGCCAGGCCUCACCUUUUCCAAUGAACUCAUCAGCAGAGAUGAGGGUCUUCACUGUGACUUUGCCUGUCUAAUGUUCAAGCAUUUGGUGAACAAGCCUUCAGAAGCAACAGUCAAGAAAAUCAUCGUGAAUGCAGUUCAGAUUGAGCAGGAGUUCCUGACCAAGGCCCUGCCAGUUAAGCUGAUUGGCAUGAACUGUGAAUUGAUGAAGCAGUACAUUGAAUUUGUGGCGGACAGGCUUAUGUUGGAGCUGGGCUUCAACAAGAUUUAUAGAGUGGAGAACCCAUUUGACUUCAUGGAGAACAUUUCCUUGGAGGGAAAGACCAACUUCUUUGAGAAGCGGGUGGGAGAGUACCAGCGCAUGGGAGUUAUGUCUGGACCCACAGACAACACUUUCCGGCUUGAUGCUGACUUCUAAACUCUGAGAAAAUGGACACUUCAAAACAUUAACACUUGAAGAGGUGAUGCUCCUGUGACGGCCUCCAUAAUUUGCUCCCAACAUUGUCACUCAGCAGGACUGUAAAAUGUUGCAAAAAUCUAAUGUACAUUGUUGCUGUAUGAAUUUUUAAUCUGUUGUACGUAAAUGCAGUUGAGCUAAUUUGUUUUUACUUUGUGUUACAGUUGGGAAGACUUUUUUUUUUUUAUAUAUAUAUUUAUAGCUUGCACAAAUGCCAUAUUUUACUGCUUUGAUGUACAAACUGCUUCUACUUUACCUUAACCCAAUCCUCUUCCUUACCCAACUGCUUUCCUCUGAAUUCUGUUGUAAAUGUAAAUAAAAUUGUGGGUUGUAAUUGUUCUUGGAAAGAAUGGUUCAUUUAAUUAUAUCUAAACCCAGGCUUGUUGAAUGCUUGUGCAGCUGAGCUGAUCAGACCACAGAUGCAAUAAACCAGGAUUUCCUCAA